AUGGCCAAGAAUAACGCUAAAAAAAAUUUCAAAGGUGCUAAAGGUGCCAAUGCUCCAAAAGGUUCAAACCCAGAAUCUGUUAAACCAGUUGUUGUUAGUCAAAAAGAUUUAGAUGAACCUGUAAAGAAUCCAAUUAAAGAUCAAAAAAAAUCAAAAUCUAUUAAACCUGUUAAACAAACUACUUCAGUUAAAAAAGAUGAAGAAUAUCAAAGUGGUGCUUUAUCUAAGAAAGAACAAAGAUUGUUGAAAAAAGCUGCUGCUAAAGUUGAAGUUCAAACUGGUGAUGAUGAUGAAGAUGAAGAAGAAUCAGAUGAAGAAAAUUCUAUUGAAAUUGCAGAAGAUACUGAUUCAGAAAUGGAAGAAUAUUUGUUAGAUCUCGAAAAAUUAGCUAGAAGUGAUAGUGAAUCUGAUGAUGAAUCUGAUGAUGAAGAAGAAGAUGAAGAUGAAGAAAAAGAAGAUAACAAAGAAGAAUCUAAAGAUGAUGAAGAUGAUGAAGAUGAAGAAGAUGAAGAUGAAGAUGAAGAAGACGAAGAUGAAGAAGAUAUCCCAUUAUCAGACGUUGAAGUUGAUUCAGAUGCCGAUAUCGUCCCACAUUCAAAAUUAACCAUAAAUAACGUUGGUGCUUUGAAAAAUGCAUUAACUCGUAUUCAAUUACCAUGGGAAAAACAUUCAUUCCAACAACAUCAAAGUCUUACUUCAAAAGAAAACGUUGAACCACAAAUCAAAGAUAUAUACGAUGAUACUGAACGUGAAGUUGCUUUUUAUAAACAAGCUUUAAGUACAGCUUUAGAAGGUCGUUCAAAAUUAUUAAAAUUAAAAAUUCCAUUUUCAAGACCUUUAGAUUAUUUUGCUGAAAUGAUUAAAUCUGAUGAACAUAUGGAUAGAUUAAAAUCAAAAUUAGUUAAAGAAGCUUCUGAGAAGAAAGCUUCAGUUGAAGCAAGAAGACAAAGAGAAUUGAAAAAAUUUGGUAAACAAGUUCAAAAUGCAACUUUACAAGAACGUCAAAAACAAAAAAGAGAAACUCUUGAUAAAAUUAAAGGUUUGAAAAGAAAAAGACAAGAUAAUGAAAUUAGUACAAAUGAUUUUAAUGUUGCUAUCGAAGAAGCUACUGCUGAUAAAGAUGAACGUAAAGAAAGAAAUAAAAGAACAAAACCAAAUGCUAAAAGAGCUGCAAAAGAUCAAAAAUACGGUUCUGGUGGUAUGAAAAGAUUUAAAAGAAAAAAUGAUGCUGAAUCAAGUGCUGAUAUGCGUGAUUUCUCUCAACGUAAAAUGAAAGGUAAAGCAAGUCGUCCAGGUAAAAGUAAACGUAAUAGAAAAUAA